AUGGGAAGAGGACCAAAGAAGCAUCUCAAGAGAUUAGCAGCUCCAAAGCACUGGAUGCUCGACAAGUUGUCGGGUGUUUACGCUCCAAGACCAUCUCCUGGUCCACACAAGUUGAGAGAGUCUCUGCCAUUGAUUGUCUUUUUGAGAAACAGAUUAAAGUAUGCUCUGAACGGUAGAGAAGUCAAGGCCAUCUUGAUGCAAAGACACGUCAAGGUUGACGGCAAGGUGAGAACCGACUCUACCUUCCCGGCUGGUUUCAUGGACGUGAUCACUUUGGAGGCUACCAACGAGAACUUCAGACUCAUCUACGACGUGAAAGGUAGAUUUGCUGUCCACAGAAUCACUGCUGAAGAAGCCUCUUACAAGUUGGGCAAGGUCAAGAAGGUCCAGCUCGGUAAGAAGGGUAUCCCAUACGUUGUUACCCACGACGGUAGAACUAUCAGAUACCCAGACCCAGCCAUCAAAGUCAAUGACACCGUCAAGAUCGAUCUUGAAACCGGAAAGAUUACCGACUUCCUCAAAUUUGAUACUGGUAAGUUGGUUAUGGUGACCGGUGGUCGUAACUUGGGUAGAGUUGGUGUUAUCACCAACAGAGAGAAGCACGAGGGAGGUUUCGACUUGGUCCACAUCAAGGACGCUUUGGAGAACACUUUCGUCACCAGACUCUCGAACGUGUUUGUUAUUGGUGCUGAGGCCGGUAAGCCAUACGUUUCUUUGCCAAAGGGUAAGGGUAUCAAAUUGUCCAUUGCCGAAGAGAGAGACAGAAGAAGAGCCUUGGCUGGUUUGUAA